AUGGAUGCACGACUCACAGUUACAGAGGCCCAGGGUAAGAGAGGGGGGCCCAGCGGAAAACACCAGAGAUCCUACGCACAACCUUCAGCCAUGCCCUGGGAGGCCAACAAAUUCACAGACUGGGCACUACGCGCGCUGUCAGCACCCAGCGAACAGCCGUGCGAUAUUGUCUGCUGUCUAGACAAUUUUGCCAUGAAGGAAGACAUACUGCGCGGCGCACGACGUAUGGCACAAUACGCAUCGAUAUCCUGCAAAUAUCCAUAUACCAGGACCUCUCCCGCUACACCCUGCAGGCAAGAAAGGCCCUCAGACCUAUCACCACAGCACUCCAAGCGGCAGGUAUCCCAUGUAGAUGGGGAUACCCUUUCUCCCUGUCCAUCCGCAGAGGACCAGACCUCCACGUUAUACGGACCCCGGUGGACGUCCCAGGGUACCAACGCUCCCUAGGGUUCCCGCAAGUACAGGUACCAAACUGGCUGGUUCACCAAUUCCUGCAACAAGCAAAAAGCCCUCCACCACCACCACUGGGCAGAGACCAGGACAGGGACAGACCCCAACGCAACUGACCAUGGCAUCAAGACCCAACAAGACUGGAAGAAUAACUGCCGCAGCAUGA